GCCAACCAUCGAUAGCUCUUGGAAAUGUGCUCCUGUUUUUCCUUUUUUCUGUUUUUACUUUCUUUCUUUCUUUCCUUUUACCAGAGUUCAGAUGAAGUAAAAUAUUCCUGAGGUUUAGCGACACGUUGUAACAUUAUAGCCCAUUAAUAACUUUAUCUCAAGGUCCCAGAACUCUAAUGAAGUGCAGCUCGGGUGAUGAGUUCACUUUGGCCACAUGGUGAAUGAAACUUGGAUUGAGAGGAAACUGAUGGUAAAAUGAAAUGUGAACGCAGCUGGGCUCUGAGGAGAAUGAAGAGAAGGGGCUCGGUGUUGAUGAGGACAGCAGUGUGGAUUAAACAGCGGGACUGAGAGCUGGGACAGAGCUGCAUUAAUCCAGUGACUGACCAGACAGGGCCAAAAGGAGGGCCUGUCAUUUUAUAGAUUCCCCACAGACGAGGAGAGACGCGCAAAAUGGGUGUCCGCUGUGCGAAGAGAAAACUGGUACCCCAGUUCUACCAGCCGAAUUUGUAGUGAACACUUCAUAUCAGGCCACAGGCAUGACAGCAGCCUCUUGGGAAGGGAUUUCAGCUCAGUCCAAUCGUUCACUGUUCAACCUGAGCAAUAGCUUUAGCAGCACCGAGACCUUCCUGUGGCUGCUGCCCUCCCAGAACAGCACAGACGUGACAUGGAGCUCCACCCCUCAUCCAGGCACAGCCAGGGUACGGGACCAGGCUCUGGCACAGGCUGAGAUCGGAGUGCUUAGUCUAGUGCUGGCACUUACCACUUUGGGCAACAGCUUUGUGCUGUGGGUGCUGCUACGCAGGAGAAAGCAUCAUGCACCCAUGCACCUAUUCAUGAUCAACCUGUGUGUGGCUGACCUCGUUGUGGCCUUCUUCCAGGUGCUGCCACAGCUGCUGUGGGAUAUCACAGAGCGCUUCCAGGGCCCUGAUGCUCUGUGCCGCUUUGUCAAGUACUUGCAGAUUGUGGGCAUGUUUGCUUCAUCAUACAUGAUUGUGGCCAUGACAGUGGACCGCCACUAUGCCAUCUGCUGCCCUCUGCAAGCAUACCGUGGUGGCAAACCUUCACGCUGGAACACGCCCAUCAUGGUGGCCUGGGGCUUGGCCCUGGUACUCAGUUUACCACAGGUGUUCAUCUUCUCACGGACUGAAGUAUUGCCAGGGGAGUUUGAGUGUUGGGGCCACUUUAUUGAGCCAUGGGGCCUCAAAGCCUAUGUCACCUGGAUGACUAUAGUCGUCUUCAUUCUUCCAGCCCUUACCAUCACAGUCUGUCAGGUGCGUAUAUUCAGAGAGAUCCACAACAAUAUCUAUCUGAAGUCAGAGAGAAUGGUGACAGCAGAGUUUAAGAGGAACUCCGUGGUCUUCCAUUUCCCACAGAAAGAAGGACAUCGUGGGAGGUCUGGAAGAGACAGAGACUCACAAGGCAGCCAUAAUCAUCAGACUGACAUCCAUGAAUGUCACUGCAGUAACUCCACCCCUACAGACCUUCAGAAUUCCUAUGGUGAUCUGCCCAGCCCUGAGCCAUUUGGAAACUCCAGAUAUAACCCCUGUGAUUCCCGUGACCGCUGCUCUCUUCCCCUCCCAUCCACAGAAAUCUCCACAUCAACCAGUCCGCCCUUAGAAAAAUUCACUCCUGGUCAAUCUGACCCAUCUUCUCCACAUGCCCUGACAGCCAAUAGUGUGUGUGCACAGUCCAGAGCCUCAUCUUCACUGGCUGGCCAUUUUUCAGGAACUCCUGAACUCUGGCCAGAUGUAUUACCUGAUCUAACCCCUCCCCCUGGCAUUUCCAAAGCCAUGUCAAAGACAGUGAGGAUGACUUUGGUCAUAGUAUUGGUCUACACUAUCUGCUGGUCUCCUUUCUUCAUCGUCCAGCUGUGGGCAGCCUGGGACCCAAACCCUCCAGACCAAGGAGUAGCGUUCACCAUCCUGAUGCUGCUGGCCAGCUUGAACUCAUGCACGAAUCCCUGGAUCUACACAGCUUUUUCCAGUAGUGUGUCACGUGAGCUGCUCACUCUGCUGCGCUGCCAUGUGCCCAGUCGACGCCGCGGCUCACUACCCGACGACUCCACCACCACACAUACCUCAACGACCACCAAGGACAGUAUCUACUAACAUGCACACAAGCACACAUGGAUUAACCACAAGACUCAAAUCCAUCACCUUUUCCAGUGUUCACGACACUUUCAUGAUUUAAGAUUGGCCAUAUGGAUGCACUUGAAAGGGUAGUGUCCCUCAAGCAGCAAGCAUCUUGAAGUAGGAACGCAAGCUCAGUAAUGUGAUUAUAAGCAGUGGAACAGACUUUUGUGUAUGUAUGUGUGUGAAUGUAUGUGUGUUAGGAAGAAUAAACUGUGAGAAUGUGAGACGUUGCCAGAUGGCUGAACAGGAAAACUAAUCCAAACCUGUUAAAGGACCAGCCAAAGAAUAGAUGCUACUGUUUGGAAUGGAGCAGUGGUUGAGAAUAUUGUGGAAGCAGGCACCACCAACACUGCCAAACAGAUUAUUUCAGGAUUCUGUUACUAAAUUUCAGUUAUAUUGGUAUUACUUUAAAAGAAAUGCUUGAAAGUGCUGGGAGAGGGGGAAAAAAACUAGAGCUGAACAUUAGAGUUUGUCGUUACUGCAGUGAGAGAUAAAAAUCUCAAAAGUGAAAAAUCCCACCCUAAGAAUGAUGGAUAUUAACUGAAGAGGUGAACAUUGCUAGUUGAAAAACAUGGUUCUCCAUCCAUUCAUUCUGGACUGCCAGGGCAAUUUUCUUCAAAACUAGCAGAGUCCAUUACUUGUUUCCUUGCUGGGUACCGAUAGCAAAGUUGUGCUUGUGAUCCUAACUGUGACCUCCACAUCACUCUCAUCUUCUUUCCCAUUCUUGUCUUGUCUGGGUAGUUGAGGAAAUGGAUGCAAAUGCUACAGUGGUGCUUGAAAGUUUUGUGAACCCUUUAGAAUUUUCUAGA